CCUCUGAAUGUUACACAGGAAUGAACUAUUCGUUUUCAGAUCACCAAAAAGGUGAAGUGAAGAUACCAGAAGUUUUGCCAGAGUCACUAAAAUUACAUGGAGAUGGUCUUGUAAAUUCAAAUUGGAUAAGAAAGGACCUUAUUGGACGCGGGACAUUUGCCAGCGUGUACGAUGUUGAGCUUUCUGAUGGCUCAAUACCCAACAAGCUUGCAGUCAAGGCAAUUACUAUUUGCAGCAUUGAUAAAGAAAAAGCGAAGAAAACUAUAGAUGCCGAGAAAUCUGUACUAAAUCGUCUUAACCAUGAACGUAUUGUUCCUGUUUAUACAAUGCAUGAACAUGAAUUAACAUUGUACAUUUUUAUGGAGAGGUUCUCUAUGGGAACAUUGGAUAAUCACAUAAGCAAAAAAGGGGCACUUGACGAGGAUACAACAAGAAUGUACACUAAGCAAAUUCUUGAGGGAGUUGCAUACCUUCACGAGGAAAAAUUUAUACACAGGGACAUUAAAGGUGCCAACGUAUUGCUAGAAAGUAGUACAUCAAUUCGAUUAGCCGACUUCGGAACGGCUAAAUUAUUGGGGGUUUUAACCAGUGCUUCAACAACAAAUGUAGGCACAUGCAACUGGACGGCUCCAGAGGUUUUCGAAGGUGUACGAUAUACAACAAAAGUUGACAUUUGGAGUGUAGGCUGCACUGUUGUUCAAAUGCUAUGUGGCCAGCCACCAUUCCAUGGAUUGGAACCGCUCCAAAUAAUACGAAAGCAUAUUAUGGGAGCAGAACCAGAGUAUGUUCUUUCAGCCAACACUUCCCGAGAGUUACAAAACUUUCUUUACUCAACGCUGCAGAAAGAUCCUAAUGAGCGACCACCUGCCAAACUACUUUUGAACACUCCUUUUAUUACAGGAACAAAGUUUCGACCGAAACCAGAUGUGGAAAGCGACUCCAUAGAUGAAACGCUCUAUGCUGAAAAAGAUAGAAACAGAAGUUACCCAAACUUAGAUAUUGAUAGCAACCAGCCAGUCAUUAUAAACGUUCAAAAUUGUAGAAUUAAGCAAGUUGAUAAAAUGAACGUUUAUAUGAGUGGAAGCUCUGAAACGCCAAAAGAUGACCAAUCUACAUCUUCUGCUUCAGUAACAGUCAACGUAGACAAUGCAGAGAACAUAGUAAUUGAUAGUUAUCUCAAUAGAGCCGAUGACAGCGUCAAGUGAAGUUUAUCAAACUCUAGUUAAUAUACAUGUACCUUCGAAACCCAAUGAUUUAUAUUGUAGCGUAAGUGUCUGUUAAAUUCCUGUUUGUUUGAUUCAUGGAGUUUGUUUUAUAAUCCUCUCAACAUCCAAUAAUAAUAUUAGUUAAAAAAAAACCACCAAUCAAACAGCCACAACAAACAAGGCUAUCACACUAAGUUUAACUAUCACGACUAAACAAAAACCGACUGGUAAUAAUGGCUAUUUAUAGGUUGACUUUUUAGUUUCUUAGGAUUGAAAUGAUAUUUUAUUCUCAAAGGGAGAUAGACUAAAAAAAUAUUUUUAAAAAUCUUUAAAGAACAAAAAAAAGACAGAUAAUUCUCAACAAACAAAAGAGGGAGGGGGGUGGAAAUUGAAUGUUGGGAGGAGAUACCUCUUCCUUACCCGGACUGGGUGGCUGAUUACAUUCAGCGGGCGCACGUCACGAGGUUCCGUUUUGGGUGAGGGAAAAUUCAGGAUACACGGAGUGUUAGAUCAUUUAUACAUCGACCCUUUUCCCACGUUUUUGUUUCUGGCCUUGAGCUCAGGAAUAUGUCACUCUUUGGCUAUACAGUUAACGUCGAGAAAAACAGAGUUACAUCCCCUAGUGAUUAUUUUACUAUGUAUAAACUUUAUUUGUUUUAGUCUUUGAAGCUGUACAAAACUACGAAUUAAAUUAAUAUUUUUUGCAUGUUAAAAAUAAAAUAAAAAUAAAAAAAGAAAUUGAACAUUAAAAAAUAAUUACACAUUAUUUUUAACAUGUUAUAAGAAAUUUUUUGGUUGUGAAAUAAAUGUAAACAUUCUUUUUAACAGUUUAUUUACGAAGUGUGAGAUUACAAUUAAAAACUUCAAUUUGUCCAACAAAUAAAUAUUUAGCGCUGCUGUCAAUAAAUAUUAGAGUGCGUUUUGAUAAACCAUGUUUUGUAUUUAUUUAUACAGAAUACCCUGCCUGUAGCAAUUGUUUUAGUAUAUUUUAGAAUAUUUUGAUGACUUAGAACUCACAAAUAAUGCUUAUAAUAACAAAUAAUUAAAAUGUUCUACUUAGUUAUUUAAAGAUUCAAACAAAGUAUUAACGAUUAAUUAAAUAUCUUUAAUAAAUGUUAGAAUUAAUGAAUCACAAGCACCUAAUACAAUAUCUUGUGUUAUCAUGAUGAACGUUUGCUAACUCCGCGGAGUUAUGUUUUAAUUGAAUUUCUGAUUAAAAUAAACCUGCUGAUUCAAGUCGCGGAGAUUUCACCAUAGAAACGAAUGAUCAAAUGUGUCGCAGUUAUAUUAAAGAUAUUUGUUUAAAAGUG